AUGCUAGAAGAGAAUAGGCCCUAUGGAAAGAUCUCUGCAAGUAUCGCCCUCGGAAAUCGCCUGCACCUUUUCGAAGCCCUGGCCAAAGUAGGGAGUGAGCAGGAGCCUGCGUCGGCAGCUCAAGUGGCAGAAGAAUGUGGAUGCAAGGAAAGGUACGUGAAGGAAUGGUUAGCAGUGAUGGGAACUGCAGAUAUAAUAACCGUCACGGAAGAGGAGAAGUUCUACAUCAAGGAAGAGCACUUCUAUGAUAUUAUGGCUAAGUACAGUGAGGCGGCUCAUAAGAAACAUCUCAUACCUGAUUAUCUUCCCGCGCUUGGAUCAGACGUGAAGGAACGACUCGAAGCUGGUGGUAUGACGUGCUUAGAUGUCGGCUGUGGCAAAGGAUUUCAUGCGGCUCUUUUAGAAAAUGGUGAGCAGUUUGAUAAUUUGUCAUUCAUCCAAAUGGAUGCUUCUAAAAUGGAUGCUGACUGGACCUGCAAGUUCGACUUGGUCACGAUCUUUGACGCUUGUCAUGACCAAAUGCGACCAGAUCUGUGCUUGAAAGAAAUUUACCGUAUACUCAAGAAUGAGGGAAUGUUUGCCAUGUUAGAGGUUGAUGGAACCUCGAACAUUUACAAAGAUAAAGAGCAGAUGGGACUAUCCGCUGCCUCCGGUUAUGCUGAUUCGUUAUUCAAUUGCCUACCGAUAGGAAGCAACUCGGAAGAUGCACUGGGACUCGGCGCAAUGUGGGGCAGAGAGCGAGCAAUGAAAAUGUUGAACGAGGUUGGAUUUGCUGAUGUCAGCAUCGUGCCCGCUCCAUUCUUCAGACACCAAGUCUUGUAUGUCUGCAAGAAGUGUUGA